AUGGACCCAAAACGCCUCGACCAAUGGGAUGCCGUCCAGCAACACAAGUUCAUUGUCACCGUCUCGGGUGGCAACGGCGAUCGCAGACGCACCACCACCCUCAUCCGUAACCUCAUUGCAGAGGCCACAAACGCCCGCGGCCACCAUAUCAUGAUCUCGGAACCCUCGGUUGCCCAGAGUGGCCCUGACCCCACCUGCUGGCUUGUAGCGGGACUUCCGGUUGAAGUCGGCGAGCACCUGGUGGAGGGGCGAAUCAUCUCCUCCCCUGCCAUCACCCUCCUGAUCCACGCGUAUGCGCCGCCCAUCUCCGGCUACAUUGGAGCCUUCACUGGGUUCAAUGUUGAGUGCACGCAGGAAGGAGCUGAGACUAUUCGGAGGAUCAUUGGCGACACCAUUCUCAAAUCCCCGUCCACUGUCCAGCUAAUCCUUGACAACCGCGACGCCUUUAGCGAGCUCGACACAAACUCUGAGGUGCUGGAGCGCUUCACCGCUACCCUCCAUGUGCAGCCAAUGGAGAUCCGGACCGCGGGCAACCAAGAUAUCCUGCUCUGGAACCUCUUCGCAAACCCCCCAACCUGCUACAUCGAAAGCUGGCGGAAGAUUGCAAAAGACGUCCGGCGGCUGGUCUUUGGGAGCAUCUGGGAUGGCCAGGCCUACCUGUACACCACGGGCGGUGAGCACCGCCCCAACCCAUUCCCUUUCUACUGCCAAAUCUGCACUGCUAUUGACCAUCCUACUGGACUCUGCUGGCUCCCGAACACCUCACAAUGGCCGGGCCCCACCUCCGACACCAUUCGCGACCUGACAAAGGUCUCUCGCCACUUCUCCAAACAAGCUCGAGCCUCUGCACCAGUUAACGAGAAGAAGAAGAAGGAGCAGGAUGGGAAGAAGGGCAAGAGCCAGGACCGGAAGGGCAAGGGGAAGCGCCGCCAUGAUGGCUAUGACCACUACUAG